AUGUCCUUUCUAACUUUGAGAAGAACGACUGAUUCCGUUGGAGAGAUUCCCGGCGGUACCCUUACCAGUCUUCCGUGGUAUCGAUGGUGGCUCUACCAGCAAAUCCUCAGUCAGCCGCAACGUUUGUUCCUCGGUAUACCAAACAUGAAACACGAGGACGAAUCGAGCUGGGACACAGGUUUCCUCCCGCUGUGGCAUAAAGUGAGGGACCUUAUGCUAGCCCAAGAAUCAGUAACCAUCGAUGGAAUCACAGAUACACUUAUUGAGAAUGGGACAAUAUCCGUCACGGAUAAUUAUAGCUACCAGUCCACCAGACAGCUCAUCUUUGCUAUUCUAGGAUGGCAGACAAUGCUCUACAAGCCCGAUCUCCUCUCCUAUGUGCAUGGAGAAUUCAACAUCUUUGACGAGACGGAUGGCUAUCGAGGCGAAGCGCGAGUCUGUCUCGUUCAGCCUGAACACUCGGGAAAACAAGACUUGCCUAGUUUUCUUCUUGGGUUCGGCAUGAUGCUCCCACCCCGGCAAUAUUGCGCCUUCGACGACGCAGAUGAGAAGAAGCUGUUUCACAGGACCAAAAGGAUUACCCCAAAGGACCUUAAUGCCGACGUGUUGACCAAGGUCUGUGGUAUUAGGCUUCAAUGGGUCGACUCUCUUUCUUGCCAUCUCGAGUUGGAUAGGCUUUCUGGCACUCUCUUUCUGUAUCGAUAUCCCUCAUUCUGUGUCUCGAUUCUUCAACAGCGAAACUGUGUCUCGGCUCUUCAACUGCGAAACAUGCAGGAGCAAGCAAUUGAUGUCAUUCAUCGCUGUGGGAGCAAAAGUCCUGGACCAACGCCGUGGGCGAGCGAGAGGGAUAUAGCGGAGCUGCUUCAGGAGAUUCUGCUUUCCUAUCGGCUACUCUUUGGUCAAAGCAGGCGAUCGAGGAACCUAUUUCGCCAGCUGCGGCCGUUCCAAGGUAUCCCAAACGAGGGACAUGAUAAGUUCCUGUCGUCAAUUUGUGGCAUGAAGAAAUUCAAGUGCCCAAUUAAGCUUAUCGAGCGGGAGGAGUAUGAUUUGUCCGGAGACUUCUCACACUUUCGGAGUAGAAUGGUACAACUAAACAGUUACGCAUCAAGCAAGAAGCCUCGCUCCAUCCUUCAACUAUGGCGGGAUAAGCGCGACUCUACUGCUUGGAUCGCGUUUUGGAGUGUCCUGAUUUUCGGCUCGGUGAGUAUACUCUUGGGUGUGGUGCAGGCAGUGUUUCAGAUUCUGCAAUUUGUCCAAGGCAGUAGGUAG